AUGGCCGAGCUCAAAUCUCCCGACGACACUAGCUCUCAUUUAGCCAAGUAUGAGCAGGGGCUCGACGUUGAAGGCCAGGGAGCAAGGCGGGAUUUGGAGAAAAGGCUUCUACUCAAGGUCGACCUACGAAUGUCCUACCUCAUACUCAUCUACAUCGUGAACAUAGUUGAUCGAAACAACACGCCUGCGGCGCGAUUGCGCGGGCUUGAGCGCGACCUCCACCUUCAUGGUCCUGAGUACUCGACUGUUCUUUCAAUCCUCUUCGUCGGGUAUAUAUCAAUGCAAAUACCAUCGAACAUGUUCAUGAAUUACAUCGGAAAGCCGUCUAUAUACCUCCCAUCUUGCGCUGUGCUAUGGGGGGUCAUAUCUAUGUUGAGUGGUCACUUCGUUGGCGCGCUUUUGUGCAGGUUCUUCAUAGGAUUUGUCGAAGCCAGCUUCGUACCUGGCGCUUUGUUCUUGCUCUCAAAAUGGUACAAAAGAGGUAAAGCACUCGAUUUCACUGAAUUUACGCCGGUUGAUAAAGAUUCCUCAGACGAACUGGGUGUCCGAGUGGCUAUCCUAUUUUGCGCGACGUACGCUAGCAAUGCAUUUGGUGCCCUCAUUGCGGCCAGUAUCCUCGACACGAUGGAGGGAACCCUAGGACAAGCCGCUUGGAGUGUAGGUUUCUUCAUCCUGCCGGACUUCCCUGGCACCUCUGGGAGGUGGCUCUCUCCCGAAGAGAGAGCUCUGGCAACAGAGCGCCUGGCCGAAGAAGAUGGCACGGGACCAACUAGCCAUAUAGAAGGCCUCAAGAUUGCCAUGAAAGAUUGGAAGGUCUGGUAUCUAGCGGUCCUCAUGGCCGUAGUUCAGCUUUCUCUAAGCUUCAUUGUCUUCUUCCCAACCUUAACCGCAACUCUUGGUUACGGUUUGACGACGACUCUCCUGUUAUGCGCUCCGCCAUGGGUCAUCACGACCGUUUUUGCGUUUGUUCUGACAAGGCAUUCUGACAGCAAAUCCGAACGUUGCUGGCACAGUAUUUUCCCCAUGAUAAUCGGAAUGAUUGGGUCCGUGAUGGCCAUGUCCACAAUGAAUACCCCGGCCAGAUAUGUAUCUCUUUUCUUGAUGGCCCAAUCUCCCGUGGGUCCGGUGAUUACCAUGGCAUGGUCGAUGACGUCGCUACAGCCCGCUAAUAAACGGGCGGUAGCUAUAGCUAUCAUCAAUGCAACGGGGCAGUUAGGUUUAGUGGCUGGCCCUUAUGCAUGGGACAAAAAAUGGGGACCGACGUACCGGAAGUCCUUCGCCAUCUGUCUAACUGCGAGCGGCCUCAGCAUCGUAAUGUCUCUUUUCUUUCGGUACCACCUCGCUGCGCUAAACCUGAAAGCCCAAAAAGAAGAGGACGAACGGGGGCAAACAGUUCCCGGUUUCCGAUACCAUUUGUAA